AAAAAAAAAACUAUAUUAAUACGUUUCUUUCUCCAUAGGUGCGGACCAAUCUUCUAAAUCUCUGAUUAUACCUUUAUUUUGAGUCUGGCCACAAUUAAGAAAGAAAAUGGCUGAAGAAAAAAUUUAUAAAAGAUCACUGGAGGAAACACCAACCUGGGCUUUUGCAGUAGUUUGCUUUGUGCUGCUUGCUAUUUCAAUCAUCAUUGAGCAUGUUAUUCAUGCUAUUGGAAAGUGGUUUAAAAAGAAACACAAAAGUGCUCUUUAUGAAUCGUUGGAAAAGGUCAAAGGAGAGCUUAUGAUGCUAGGGUUCCUUUCCAUGCUCCUAACUGUGUUCCAAGCUCCAGUUUCUAAGAUCUGCAUAUCAAAAAAUGCUGCAUCAACGUGGAAUCCCUGCUCCAACCCAAAGGCCAUCAGUAAUUCGAAUGCAACAUCUGCUACCAUUGAUAGGAAACUUCUCCAAUAUUUGGACCCCAUGCCAAGACGUACUCUUGCUGCAAAAAGUUAUGACAAAUGUGCUGACCAGGGAAAAGUUGCUUUUGUUUCAGCAUAUGGGAUUCACCAGCUCCAUAUAUUCAUCUUUGUGUUAGCAAUUUUUCAUAUCAUACAGUGCAUUGUAAUACUAGCUUUGGGAAGAACUAAGAUGAGACGCUGGAAGAAAUGGGAAGACGAAACAAAGACAAUUGAAUACGAAUUCUAUAAUGAUCCUGAGAGAUUCAGGCUUGCAAAGGACACAACAUUUGGACAAAGGCACUUGAAUACUUGGAGUCAAUCAUCAAUUUCCUUAAGGAUAGUCAGCUUCUUCAGACAAUUCUCUGGAUCUGUUAAGAAAGUUGACUAUUUCGCAUUACGGCAUGGAUUUAUAAUGGCACAUCUGGCACCGGGAAGUGAUACAAGAUUUGACUUCCACAAGUAUAUCAAAAGAUCACUGGACGAGGAUUUUAAAGUUGUCGUAGGCAUAAGUCCAAUUAUUUGGUUCUUUGUUGUUCUCUUCCUGCUGACUAAUACUCAUGGGUGGUAUUCUUACUAUUGGCUUCCAUUUGUCCCAUUAGUUACCAUUUUGAUAGUGGGUGCUAAGUUACAAAUGAUCAUAACAAAGAUGGGACUGAUGAUUGAAGACAAAGGGAAAGUAGUUAAGGGUGCACCUGUGGUUGAGCCAGGAGAUGACUUGUUCUGGUUCAAUCGUCCAAGACUCCUUCUUUUCGUCAUUCAAUUUGUUCUCUUUCAGAAUGCCUUUCAAUUAGCACAUUUUGCAUGGAGUAUAUAUGAAUUCUCCAUGAAAUCUUGCUUCCACAAAACAACUGCAGACAGUAUGAUUAGACUCACAACGGGGGUUGUUAUACAAGUUCUGUGUAGCUACGUGACUUUGCCUCUUUAUGCUCUAGUCACACAGAUGGGUUCAUCUUUGAAACCAACCAUUUUCAAUGAUCGAGUAGCAGCAGCACUGAAGAAAUGGCACCAUACUUCCAAAAAGCAUGUCAAACAUAGAAAGCACUAUGAGGCUAAAAAUUUCUCACCAUUCUCCAGCAAAUCAUCAACCCCUACAGUUGGCAUGUCUCCCAUUCAUCUUCUGCAUGGACACCCUGCUGGCAGAAGUGACAGUGCACGAACUUCUCCAAGAAACUCCAACUAUGAAAAUGAAGAAUGUGAUGUGCAAGGUGAAUCUUCCGUAAGAAACCAUCCAAGAACAGAUGAGACCCAAAUGCAAGUUCUGGGGUCUCCUCAAACAACAGAAUUUCCUGUUAGCACUAAACAUGAAAUCUACAUUGGUUCCUCAGAAUUUUCAUUUGAGAAGCGAAACACCAGAAAGGGUUAGGUGUAGACAAUAUUGUUGUUAACAAGUUUAAGUAUACAGCUUCAGUUAUAUCAAAUAAAUGUAUUGAGAAUUACUGUGUUGAACGAUUGUGAUAAGCUUCGCAUUUCAUAAAGGAGCAUC